GUAUAGUAUGUGUCAGGUAGGACUCUUGAGAGAGGUACACACCUUGUACGCACGAGUGUUGAAGUAGCGUUUGUAAUAUGUGAUCGUGAUUAAAAGACAGUUCUGCAAGUCAUCCAACGAUGUGUUUUUUAAAACAAUAACAUAACAUGGUACCAGGAGUGAACGAAAAUUGAAGUGGUGUAUUGUGAAAAGCGACAUGGAUUUGAAGCCACCUGAAAAGCUGAAGCUAAGUGGAAAUGUCGACAGCAAUUGGCGCACCUUCAAGCAGCAGUUCCAGCUGUACAUGGCGGCUAUGGCACUGCAGGAUAAGCCGGAUGCAAGAAAGGUAGCGUUACUGCUUACAAUAGCAGGCCCACAUGCCAUUGAAGUUUACAACACUUUUGUGUUUGACAAUCCAGAUGAAAAAAACAAGUUGGAUGUUGUCAUAGAAAAGUUUGAUGCUCAUUGCUCUCCCAAGAAGAAUGAGACAUAUGAGAGAUAUGUGUUCCGUUCAAGAGUGCAAGCUCAUGGAGAAAGUUUUGACAGUUUUGUGACUUAUUUGAGGCUGAAAGCACAAACUUGUAACUUUGCUACACUGAAGGACUCUAUGAUAAGGGACCAGAUUGUAUGUGGCAUAGAAGACAAAAAAGUCAGAGAAAGACUGUUGAGAGAGACAGAAUUGUCGUUGGAGAAUGCCAUUAAAAUUUGUCAUGCAGCAGAAUUGUCACAGAUGCACGUCAAGACGUUUGGUGAAAUGGCGUCCACCGCAGCCAUCAGCGUGGGAGGCGACAACGUGCAUGUCGUGUCAAGAGGAUGGAAGUUGCAGCCUGCACAGCAGAAGAGUGACGUCAUGUUCCAAUGCAAGCGCUGUGGAUCGCAGCACAAGCCAAAGCAGUGUCCAGCAUUUGCUUAAAGAGCAGGCACGUCCAGUUGUCCAUGCAGCGCGAAGAGUUCCAGCAGCACUUAAAGAGCGUCUCAAAAAAGAACUGGACUGGAUGACAACACUGGGUGUAAUAAAGAAAAUUGAG